UGCGCCCUGUUUCCCUGAACCUUUUUUGACAUUACGUGGUAACUACACAUUCCGUGUUCAUCAAUUGUUCUGGAAUUUUUAAUUUUUUUUCAAAUUUCAAUGCCGUGUUAUUUCGCGGGGUAGGCAUGGGAAAGAUGAAUGGCAAAGUUUUGUUUCGAUGAGAUCACUGCAAGCUUUAUAUUUUUUUCCCUGCAGUUUGUUUUGACUUGAGCCUGGGCAGGAGAAUGGUAUACGAGGCAUCCUUGAUCUAGAAUUUUUUAUUAUCUCCCUUGUCCUUAUAUUUGGCAUUUUGUUGCCGUACCCAUUUGAAGGUUCUGACAAGCCUAUCUAGUUCGUGGAAUUAAAUUUCAGAAUACCCCCCAAAAUCCCUUGCUAUCCAAAUUGAAACCCUUGUCAUGAACAUACGUCGGUAAGAGGCGUUGAGGCUUAUAAUAUAGAGGUUGCGGUUGGAUAGAGUUCUUGAUCACUAUGAUGAGACGUGAAGGUGCAAGUUAAGGCAAGGGUUAACGUUGUUUGCUGAGAAUUGUGCUACAAGCUUUACCUGAAAGAAAAAUCUCUAGGGUGCUACCUGAGUUUGUGUCCUCUUACACUUCAUUGGACAUAGACCAAAGAAAAUUCCAGAAUGUCGAGUCGGGUAAUAGAUAUCGCAUUGCUGGAGAAGGAAAAGUUGAGAGUGGAAUCAAAGGAUGAGCUCAACACUCCUUUGUUAUCAUCUUCAGAAACUUACAUAGAUACACCGGAGGUCAGGAAGGUAACAUUCUAUGUGGAUGGCAUGGAGUGUGCUUCUUGUGCAGGAGCAGUAGAAAACGCCCUCAAAAAACUUCCAGGGAUCAAAGAGGUUACCGUGUCUCUUCUUCAAAACAAGGCUUUGGUACUCUACUGGCCACCCAUUGUGGAGCACAACACAAUAAAAGAAGCAAUAGAAGAUGCAGGGUUUGAGGCGAGACUAAUUAAGGAUGUCACCGAGGACACCCUGGCAAUUUGUCGAUUGAGAAUCAGGGGUAUGACCUGCACAAGCUGUUCAGAGUCCAUCUUACUCACUCUGAAGAGAAUAAGGGGAGUUAAGGAGGCAGUAGUUUCACUUGCACUGGAUGAAGCAAAGGUACACUAUGAUCUCAAGCAAUGCACAAUUGCUCAGAUAAUGCGAGCAGUCGCAGAAGCGGGCUUUGAGUCAGACUUAAUCAAUGCAGGAGAUGAAACAAACAAAGUUCACCUAAGACUGGAAGGAGUACAUUCGAGUGAAGAAGCAAAGCUUAUAGAGACUUCUCUACAGUCAUUGCCUGGUGUGAACUUUGUAGAAAUGGAUUCAAAUACGGAAACAGUGAGUGUCUCAUAUGAUCCAGAUCUAACAGGCCCAAGAUCUAUAAUACAAUGCAUUCAACAAGUAGGGCCAGAACCAAAUUAUUACAGAGCAAGCCUGCAUAGUCCUUCAGGAGGCAGAGACUAUGAAAGGGAUAAAGAAAUAGAACAUUAUAAGAAAUAUUUCCUUUGGAGCUGUGUUUUCUCUGUUCCUGUCUUCUUGUUAUCUAUGUUUUUCCCAAUGGUAUCUUCAUGGGAAGACCUGCAAUUGGUGAACAUGCUGACUCUUGGUACAGUCCUCAGAUGGGUGUUGUGUACUCCAGUACAGUUCAUAAUAGGUCGCAAAUUUUAUGUUGGUGCAUACCAUGCAUUACGUAGAGGCUCAGCAAACAUGGAUGUACUGGUUGCAUUGGGCACAAAUGCUGCUUACUUCUAUUCAGUGUACAUUAUUUUGAAGUCAUUCUCUUCUGAUUCUUUCAAGGGGCAGGAUUUCUUUGAAACCAGUGCAUUAUUAAUCUCUUUCAUACUUUUGGGGAAAUAUUUAGAAGUUCUUGCAAAAGGGAAGACAUCAGAUGCAAUUGCCAAACUGAUGGACCUUGCGCCUGACUCUGCAACAUUGCUAACCAUAGAUGAUAAGGGAAAUGUGACCUCAGAGAUAGAGAUAAGUAGCCAGCUUAUCCAGCGUAAUGAUAUCAUAAGGGUUGUUCCCGGUGCUAAGGUUCCAAUAGAUGGGAUUGUUGUAAAAGGUCAGAGUCAUGUUAAUGAGAGUAUGAUCACAGGUGAGGCCAGGCCUGUUGCAAAGAGGUCUGGGGAUAAGGUCAUUGGUGGAACCAUGAAUAAGAGUGGGGUUUUGAUUGUCAAAGCAACUCAUGUAGGUUCAGAAACAGCAUUAUCUCAGAUUGUUGAGAUUGUAGAGGCCGCUCAAAUGUCUAGAGCGCCUGUCCAAAAACUUGCUGACCGUGUAUCAAGGGUUUUUGUUCCUUCUGUGGUUGUAUUGGCUUUCAUAACUUGGCUCGGUUGGUUCAUUCUGGGGAAUGCCAGGAUUUUCCCCAAAACGUGGAUCCCAGCAUCCAUGGAUGGGUUUGAGUUGGCACUGCAGUUUGGAAUAUCAGUCCUUGUGAUUGCCUGUCCCUGUGCACUAGGUCUUGCAACUCCAACAGCAGUUAUGGUUGCAACAGGGAUAGGAGCUUCUCAGGGCGUGUUGAUUAAGGGAGGAAAUGCUUUGGAGAAUGCUCAUAAGGUAAAAUGUGUCGUUUUUGACAAGACUGGCACCCUUACUGUCGGAAGACCAGUGGUGGUAGGGACCAAGCUCUUUAUGAAUCUAAAUCCCAGAGAAUUCUGUGAAAUGGCGGCUGCUACUGAGGUCAACAGUGAGCAUCCUCUGGCAAAUGCAGUAGUAGAUCAUACACGGAAAUUUAGAACCAAACAUGGGCUUGACCAAGGAUUUCUUUUUGAAGCACAUGAUUUUCAAGCUCUUCCAGGGAAAGGUGUGCAAGCAACCAUUCUUGAUAAAGAAAUACUGAUCGGAAACAGAAAACUAAUGUCUGAUUCAGAUAUCAAGCUCUCUCCUGAGGUUGAAGAGCACUUACUGGAGUCUGAACAGCUUGCAAGAACAUGUGUUUUAGUGGCGAUAGAUAAACAAAUUGCAGGUGCAUUUGCGGUGGCAGAUCCAGUGAAACCAGAAGCUGAAUCUGUGGUCUCCAUUCUGAAGUCCAUGGGAAUUACUAGCAUAAUGGUCACAGGAGAUAACUGGGGUGUAGCCAAUUCAAUUGCAAGAGAGGUUGGAAUUGAUAAGGUUUUUGCUGAAACUGAACCUUUAGGCAAAGCUGAAAGAGUCAAAGAGUUUCAGAUGAAAGGAAUGACAGUAGCAAUGGUUGGUGAUGGCAUAAAUGACUCUCCAGCUUUGGUGGCAGCAAAUGUUGGAAUGGCCAUAGGCGCAGGAACAGAUGUUGCAAUUGAAGCUGCAGACAUUGUUCUGAUGAAAAGCAACCUGGAAGAUGUGAUCACUGCAAUAGACUUAGCAAAGAAAACAAUCUCCCGCAUCCACCUCAACUAUGUCUGGGCUUUAGGGUACAAUCUUUUGGGAAUUCCUGUUGCUGCAGGUGUGCUGUUUCCUUUCACUGGCAUCCGUCUUCCUCCCUGGCUUGCAGGUGCGUGCAUGGCUGCAUCUUCAGUCAGUGUCGUAUGCUCUUCACUUCUUCUUCAAUCCUACAAAAAGCCCAAGGAGAUCAGGUCUUUGCAAAAAGAAAUAACAACCCACAAUUACUAUUUAUCUUGAAAAUUUCAUACUAAAUGGAUGGACAGGAAUGCUGGAAAACUUCAAAACCUAGAAUGAUCAUGUAAGUUUGGACACCAUCCUCCUAUAAUCUGAUGCUUUCUAUGGUCCUGCCUAUCACCAAUCUGUAAAGAACCGAGCAGAAUUUAAAUCAGCAGCACAGUAGCUGUUUGAAUAAUUUAAAUGCAAAGAAAAACCAUUGCAACAGCAUGUUGAAUGUUUUUCCAAUAAUAGCACUAUAGCAAAUCCUUGGAUUGCUAUGGAAUUGAUACAGUUAGUAAUUAAAAACAUGGGGGCCAGUAGUACAUAUUUAUGAAUAUUAAUUUUCCAGACACCUACAAUCAUAUUACCAGUCAAAACAUGGACAUUGAUCUCCUUAUGUUUUAAUGUAUCAGGUGGUGUAUCAAAUAUAGUAUGGUAAUAAUACAGUUACCACCGCUUUUGAGUUGUA